CAACAGAUCAAGCCUCAAAUUCACUCACAAACCUUUAACCUUCACAAUUACUUCAAUUUCCUCUUCACUAUAAGUUAUAUACGUAUCUUUUCAUUUGCCAAUCAACUCAUUAUUUUCUUGAAUUUAUAAAAAUGGAUAUGGUGAUGAAGUUGGGAGCAUCAAGCACGGUGGUGAUAUUCAUCAAGAGUAGCUGUUGCAUUUCUCAUACCAUCGAGACCCUUAUUCGUAGUUUUGGUACAAACCCUAUAGUUUACGAGCUCGAUACACAUUCAAAUGGGAAGCAAAUGGAGAAGGCACUGAUUGAAUUAGGGUAUCAACCAAGUGUACCAGCAAUAUUUAUAGGGAAAGAGUUAGUUGGUGGUGCUAAUGAGAUAAUGAGCCUUAAUGUAAGUGGAAAACUUAAACAAAUGCUCAUUAGGGCUAAUGCCAUUUGGGUAUAGAAAUUAAUUAAUCAAUAAUGACUUUGUAGCAAGUCUAGGAGUUUUGCUAAUAAAUAAACCCCAUUUGUAGAGUGUUUUAGCUUCUUUGGAGGGUUGUAUUUUUCUCUCAUUUUAAUUUGCUUC